AUGGAGGGCCAAACAUCUCUCGUUUCUCUCCAAAAAAGCGUAUGGGCUGGACGGAUACCUCUAGAAAUCGUCCUUGCCCCUUCUGAGAGCCGGUCAUUCGACAAGACCGAUCCAUAUCUUGUAUGUCCCUUGGAUAUCUUUGAACAAAUUGCUUUUGUUGACCCUUAUGAGAUCUCAUAUCCUCGUUUAUCUUAUCUGCCCUCAUUGCUCCCAAGAUUGCGAGCCUUUUUCUCUCCAUCUUUGAUAGAGCCUAGCUCUCAGCAUCAUGAUGGCUGGUUCGCCUUUGAAGGGGUGCCUCUUAAAUGGCACUAUCCUAUCGGGCUCCUCUUCGACCUUUACGCCGGGGCUGAUCCCGUCACCAAGUCCACUGUCGACUCCCAGGAGGGCGAAUCACCACUGCCAUGGCGUUUGACCGUCCACUUCAGUGACUGGCCCUCUGAGGACCUUGUCCGUCUCGACCCGGACGGUAUGGUCAUGAACGAUGCAUUCAUCAACAGCGUCAAAGAGGCCGACUUUCUCAGAAACGGCACGGCCAAAGGCAUCAUGAGCCUUUCCAAGGAAGACUCAGCGGGGCUCUGGAAGUCUGUCGAAGAUAUCAACCUUUCGUCCUUCCAGCGCAUCUCGAACACCCUUCUCCCACCACUAUCACAGCCAUUCCGAAAUGUGCCAAUCCGUAUCUUCUUGCCACUACCGCCCGACCAGGAGAACUCUUCAUUGAAAGUAGUACAGUCUCCAAUGCCUCCUUCAGUUUCGACAUCGAGCAUCCAGUCAAGUCAGUCGAUCAGUUCUCGGUCGAGCCCGGGUAUGCAAUUGCAAACCAUUGGCGGCGUUCUGCAUACAUUACUUCCCAAUCUAUUUCCCAGUCGGAGGACUCCAGUUCUGGCAAAGCCUGUGUUACAUGGUGCUGUGCUUCCGAUGUCUGCUCCGAUUGAAGAGGUGGUGCGGAGCUCGGCGUAUGGGGAUGGAUGGGCCUAUGUGGUUGUGCGGAUGAUGGGGUGA